AUGCCGGUCAUGAACAUCGGUCCCGUCCCUCAAUCUCACGAUGGGUUUUACGCAAGGAAUAAUCCGUAUCAGGUGAACGGACCAAAAGGGUUUACUGAGUUCAAGCUCAUGGAAGAGAAUGAGGAUCUGUACGCGAGGUUUGAUUUCCCUGGUGUCACCAAAGAAAGUUUGAGAAUCCUUGUGGAGCCAUUGAAGAAGGCUGUUUUUGUUUUCGGAGACGCACCGAAAGAGUUUAGACACGACUCUUCUCACCGCAAAUACGGAACCGUAACGGGACUUGUCUGCGAUUGUUGUGAGAUCAGUAACAUUCAGUGUUUUGUUGGAGAUGGUGUCGUCAGGCUCAUUCUCUCCAAGAAGAAGAUCAAUCUUCAUGUCCCUUUCUCAUUUGGAGGUGCCACAAUGCCUAAUGUUCCUUUCCUUGCUCGCAUAAUUAAUGGGUAUAACCCAGAAGUAUCUGACAUUAUUCAUGGGAUGUGUGCUGAUUCUAUGGUUCCAGUCGCAGGUGGCCAUCCUCUUGCUCAUCUUCGUGGACAUAACGGACAUAACGCAGAAGGUCCGGCGUUUACAGGUCCGGUCACACUACCACACCCUUCAGUGUUGGAGGGAUCCACCAGUGCGUACGAAUCAAAGCAUCUCCCAAACGGCGGUCUCUUCCUUCGUAUUGACAUGCCCGGCGUCCCCAAUGAUCGUUUCAUGAUGACGGUUGAAAGUGACGGUGGCAUCACUGUUAUCGGAAGAGCUCCUCCGGCUAUGCACGACUCGAGCGGGCGUGAGUACAGAGGCAAGGUCGCCGUCGUUCCUCUAGCCUAUGACAACCGCCGGAUCAAAGUAAUCGCUAAACAUGGUGUCAUCCGCCUUAUUAUCCCUCCUUUCUAGUUUUAGCACCAUCUUUAAUUAUUUCAUGCUUAUAUAUGAUGGACCUUAUUAUAUGUUUAAACUAAUGGACUAUUCUUCAUGUUUUUUGGAUUUUGAAUAUUUGAAGAACGAUAUGAAUGAUAUAUUUUUAUAAGAGCUUAUAAGAUGUUCAAUCAAAUUAACAUGUAUGUCUUAAUUAUGUCUAUGUCUUAAUUAUGUCUAUCAUGUUUCUAUGGUUCUAUCCAUCACACGUAUU